CAAUUUUUCUUAGAUUUUAUUUUAUUUUAUUAUCGUGUAAAAUAUUUUCAUUUUCAUUUUUAAAAACAUCAAAAUAACUAAGCAGUGUCCCUUUUUAAUUUUUAUCUCUAAAUCUGGGCGCUGCGGUCCUUCAGAGUUUUGAACUUUGGAGAUCCCCUUUUCUAUCCUGAUUUCUUCUUCUUCUCACUUCGGAUCUGAAAGGGAUUCCAGACAUAAUUUGGUGGAUUGAUUGAAAGAGUUGAUGGCUGCUCCACCGGCAAGGGCUCGUGCCGAUUACGAUUACCUCAUAAAGCUUCUCUUGAUCGGCGACAGUGGUGUUGGAAAGAGUUGCAUUCUUCUGCGUUUCUCAGAUGGUUCUUUCACAACUAGUUUCAUCACAACCAUAGGCAUUGAUUUUAAGAUAAGAACCAUUGAGCUGGAUGGCAAGCGGAUCAAGCUCCAAAUUUGGGAUACUGCUGGUCAGGAACGGUUCCGAACAAUUACAACUGCUUACUAUCGUGGUGCGAUGGGCAUAUUGCUAGUCUAUGAUGUUACAGAUGAAUCAUCAUUUAACAAUAUCAGGAAUUGGAUUCGAAAUAUUGAGCAACAUGCUUCAGACAAUGUUAACAAAAUACUGGUGGGGAACAAAGCUGACAUGGAUGAAAGCAAAAGGGCUGUGCCUACUGCAAAGGGCCAAGCACUAGCUGAUGAGUAUGGAAUCAAAUUCUUUGAGACUAGUGCAAAGACAAAUCUAAACGUGGAGGAAGUUUUCUUCUCAAUCGCAAGAGAUAUAAAACAAAGGCUUGCUGACACUGACUCUAAGGCUGAGCCUUCUGGAAUCAAAAUCAACCAACAAGAUCAGGCAGCAGGGGCAGGGCAGGCGGCACCAAAGUCGGCGUGCUGUGGUUGAACAGAGAACACUAUCAUCCUAGAACAAGAAGAGUGAAAAUAUUUGUAUGACGCGAUGAUUCAUGUCUUGCGCCUCCUAUGGUCAUUCUUUCAUAGUUUCCAACUUGUUAAGAAGUUAUAUUAAUCCAAAGUUAGAUAUGUGUUUGUGUAAUUGCUCCUUAAGUUGUUUGGCUGGGACAUGAUAAUUGAUCAUUAUUUUUUAUUUUUAUUUUUUUCUUGAGUGGUUAAUUGCACUGACAUUCUUUAAGAUUUGAGACUAUGUUGACCUAAUUUAGUUUGAAAAAAUUAACUAAUUUCUUGUUCUAGUUCA